AUGGCGCCCCCAGCCAAACGAUCUAAAGUGGGCAGUGCAUGUCAGAGAUGUCGUCGGCAGAAGCUCAAAUGCGAUAUCAAACGCCCUUGCACGUUAUGUGUCCGUGCUGGGGUCGGCUGCGAGACAGCAGAUCAGUGGCGAGUAAUUCAGAAGCCGCAGAAGGAUCAAAGGAGAAAAACCAGUUCUAAGCACAAGCGUAACUCGGAGGAUGAGCAACCUGAAAAUGCUGGUAUCACUAAGCGACCAUGGUCUAGUUCCACCAUGUCAUUAGUGGAAGGAGCAUUUAGCUUGCACAGUUCUACACCACCCGAGACACCGUCAGUCAAUGCUCUACCGGGUGGUCAAGGACUACAUCACUCGGUGAGCCCGAGGCUAGGUAUCACACGUCCCGCUGACAGGAGGCCCGGAAGGCCUCCUACCACAAAUUCUUGGCCACAAGGGCCACGACCAGCACUAGCAGAACUGGUAUCACUGUUACCUUCGCAAGAAGUUGCAGCUUUGCUGGUGGACACCUACUUUGAUCGGAUCCACUGGUUCAUGCUCAUCUUCCAUCAGGAUGAUUUCCGAAAAACCUGGCAGGAGAUGUAUGAUUUACCCAGGCAGCAGCUCAUAGAGUCUUUCCCGAACCAAGGAUUUAUCAGUACUUUCCUUGUUGUGAUUGCCAUUGCAUUACAAUAUGCAGGCGAGCACAGACAAGAUCUACUCAAGGCGCAUGGCAUAUCACCUAUGGACCUCAAGGAAAGGAUUUUGUCAACAACCCGGGCUAAGAUACUCGACAUUGUUUCUCUGGGGUCUCUAGAGGCAGUACAAACAUGUGUCCUGCUGGGGACGUAUUAUCUGUACCAUGGCAAGCCGGAGCUGGCAUGGCCAGUUUGUGGCUGUGGACUGCGCAUUGCCCAAGCUUUGAAUCUGCAUCGGAAACUGCCACAAACAGCAUUCAUUACCUCUGAGGCUUACCGAAAGAAUGAGACGCGGAAACGUUGUUGGUGGGCCAUAUACGAAAUCGAGACAUUUUGCUCCAUGUCCUAUGGCUAUCCCCAUAGCAUCAAAGAUUCGGAUUGCGAUGUGGAGUUUCUAGACCCAUCCGCAAAAUCUGUUACUGGUCAAUCGCCUGCGUCGGCCGAUGUGAUGCAUGACUGUACAGCGACUCUUCUCUCAUACAAGUAUUUGAUGUCGAAACUCUCGGUACUCAUAAAUGACAUUCUUACCGAUCUGUAUGGGCUUGGAUCCUUGAAGGCCGAGACUCGGCAAGGCGGGUCGACUGGCUCUUCCAGUCUUCAAAGACUUGUCCGCAAGGUUUCGGCGCUUGACGCCCGACUGCAGAAAUGGAGUGCUGAGAUACCCGCUGAACUACGGCUAGAUCGUGCUGACACCACUACCUAUACCUCCAUAGAUGAGAUGGACCAGGAUAUUGGUGCUUCUGGUCCCAGAUUCGAGGCUCAUAUCUAUCAGCUCCAGGAUCUUGCCUUGAAGCUUGCGUAUGAAAACGCCAGAAUUCUUGUCCAUCGACCGUUGCUGGCGUACAAGUCGAAAUUUCCCGCAGAGACUGAAACCGAAGAACUCAGCAGUCUCGUCCGAGAUACCGUGAACCUGUCUCUACAAUCCUGUCGUGAUGCCGCUUUGAGCACCUCCAACAUUGAGAAGACCCCUAUCUUCUCUCUUGCCGCUGAUACCUAUGCCACGGCUUUCAUCGGCAUGCACACUUUCACAGCUGGUGUCAUGCUUUGCGUGUUGAUCAGCAUGGAACCUUUGGCCUUGGAAUCUCAUGAAUCUAAAAUGGGUCUACGUCGACUGCUACGUAUGCAGUCACUUCUCAAAUCACGAGCGCAUUCGUCCCUUAACACACAAGGGUUAGAAAUCCUAGAGAGACUAACAAAGUUGGUCAUGGAAAAGGAGUUGAAGGAGAUGUUGAAGUCUUCCGAGGAUGAACAGCGGUCUGUACCACAACCAGGUUAUUCUAGGGACGAGUCAAAUGCACAGCAUCUGAAUGAAAGUGGGCAGAUGCUCGCCAUGACAGAGAGGAUUUUGGACAACGAAGCUACGUUUAACUAUGUAGAGGACCCGGCCAUGUCACAGGCUCUUUUCGAUUUUGAUCAAGUAAUCUCUGGGAAUAUCCCUCUGGAGCCACUAUUUCCAGAUCUUCUUGGCCCGGGGGGUGGAUUUGCUCCUGAGCAAGGUUGGAUCUGGGGAUUUGACAGACUGGCUUAUCCGCCAGAAGACUAG